GAAUCGAUUUCAUCCUUAAUCUUGCGUUUGCAUGUGUUUUCAGAUUGAAGUGCGUUGAAACUUCUUUCUCUAAUGUUGAAUCGAAUUUUGUUUCGAACCUUAAAGUUAAAUAAAUAUACUGCAACAGAUAAACUUUAAAAGUACAGUUGAUUGUAGAAACAAAAAUAGACACCGAUCUAGUUAUCCUGUUUUUUGCGAUAUAAUUCAUAGCAUUUUCGUGAAUGGAUUCCGACCCAGAAGUUGUACUGGUUGAUAAAGUGGACGAAGACGAACUUUCGAUAGAUAAAGAUAGUGGAAUGGAAUCGGCUGGAAACAGCAAGGACGACACUCCGGAACGUAAACAGGCCACGUUAGAAGAUUUACCACAGGUCGAGCUCCCGAAACCGGCAUCGGGUUCGAAUGCAGCAACCAAGCCUCAGACGUCAGCCAAACCCACAUCUGCCGUAAGCAAAAGCAAGGAUGAUGAUUAUGAUGACGAACCCGACGAGACACUAGCCGAGCGGUUGUGGGGUCUCACAGAAAUGUUUCCACAACCGGUACGAACUAUUAGUGGAGCCGUUACAGAUUUAUCUGUCGCCAGCGUGAAAACAUUGUACAAGCUCACCUGUAACGCAUCGUGGAUCUUCUUCACCAGCUCAAUGAUUUUGUUCGCGCCGGUCGUAUUCGAGGUGGAAAGAGCCCAGAUGGAAGAAAUGCAAAAAACGCAGCAGAAGCAGGUUCUACUUGGUCCGGGAUCGGCUGUUGGCGCCGGCCCAGGUGGAAUGCCCUCAAUGCCUCCAAUGGCAGCACGAUAAUCCACUCGCAAUUUGUUUCCUGGUAGUCUGGAGAAAUAAUGUUAGGUUUUUUUUGGUGGAACUAGUUUCAAAUGCUACAAGUUCCAAGUCAAAGCAAGAGUCACACUUGAUAUGAAAUUCUAUUUGAAGCGGUAUGGCUUUUUGUUCUUUGUAAUUUUUUGAAUGCAUAAAAAUGAAACCAUAUUGUUACUAGUAGUUCAAUCCCAAAUAAAUUGUAAAAGAAUCAA